AGUUUUGCAUAUAUACAUAGAUUUAUAUGAAAUUUUAAUAAAAAGAUGUUAUGCCGUAACAUUAAUAUACAAUACUUUUACAUCUUUAUUGUCUAUACAUUGUUUUGCUAUUUUUUUGGAAUACGCUUUUUGGAAGUCUUCCAGGACGCUCAAAUUCACCGGCGCAAGGAUUUUCUUUACAACUUGAAUGGUAUAUCAAAUAAGCUCACAUUUGAAGCUGUCAAUAAUAACACGGAAUUCGACGAGUUUGCAAAUAGUCUUCGAAAAAUGCCAAAAGCUCCAUAUCUAAUAUUAUACGACUCUACCAACGUGGACGUUGUCCUAAACCACGUUUGCAAUCUACAGUUCAUCCCCAAUUCUUUAUCCCGACUGGUAGCAAUCUCAUUUGACCCGAACUCCCAUUCAGUGCUGAAGCAGAAGCAUCCAAACAUCCCGAACCUUCUAUUUGACCUGACAGGCCACAAAAAAUCGAUAAGCUCAUUACCGGAUCCACGUGGAUAUUUAUCAUAUUCACUCGUCCUGCUAGUUCAUGCACAGAUAUGUGCUAGCCUGGCUUUUCGUGGAAUAGACUUUUGGUCCAUGCAUCAGGACACCCUCUGGACCGGAAGCUUUGACCAGUUGGAACUCGAGUCUCGAUAUGGAAAUUACAACCUAAUCCUGGACACCAUCGGUAACGAAACUCCAUAUUACUUCCGGAAUAAGGAUUUGGCGUGUGGUGCCACGUUUUUUGUCAGAGGGGGUCCUGUGUCCUAUCAGUUUUUUCAACAGGUAAUCUCAUUUAUGCUGACAUUUCAAAGCCCCGACUCAACAAUCAUGAGUUAUUUAUGCAGUCAUCAGGGAUAUAAAUGCAAAUUCCUGCCACAUUCCAUAUCGUCUUCAUUUAACUAUUUCGAGAGUCCACGUGAGAUGGUUCCGGUUUUAAUACAAAUUGAUGGUGGUCGGAAAGAUGGAGACUCGAAGAUGGAUGUUUUGAAACGGCAAAACUUGGUUUUUACAUUUGAAAAUGGAACUUGUAACGAGAAAGCUGUGAGGGAGUUGAGAGAAACCAUCAAAACAAGCUUUCAAUCCCUAAUUCGCCAGGAUUGGUCCCUGGAAGAGAACUGGUUCGGCUCAGGCGUCUUCUUUUUGAGACACCUAUUCAAUGUGGAUCCAGGACGGCGGAAAGUGUAUUUAAAGGCGCAUUAUCAUAUUAUUUAAUUUAUUAAAAUCGUUUUUAAAGUCCCACAAUGUUUUAUUUCUAUUAAAAAUCAUGAUUUUGCCAAAUUUAUGUGGAAAAAUGCCAAAAAAGCAGCAGUGGUCUGCUAAAUAUCAUUUUGUAGUUUGUAGUCUAGCAGACCAAAUUUUAUUAGAAACUGGUUGGGACUGUUAAAUAUUUUUUGUAGUUUGUAGUCUAGCAGACCCAAAUUUUUAGAAAUUCGUUGGUCUGCUAAUGUUUUUUUUGUAGUUUGUAGUCUAGCAGACCAAAAUUUAUCAGAAAUUGGAUUGGUCUGCUAAACAUCAUUUUGUAGUUUGUAGCCUAGCAGACCCAUAUCUUCUGCAUUGCAACUCCACGAAAAAUGUAGUUUGUAGUCAUCUGUAAGCCUUCAUUACUCUGAAAAUC